AUGUCUGCGAUGCUACUUUGUAUUACAAUCUAGGUAUAUCAUGUGUCUAAAAACUAGGAAUUCUAUUUGAUCAACAAGGAGACUUGGAAAAUGCACUACAAAACUGUAGGAAGGCUAUUACAUUAAAUCCAAAUUUUGCUGAUGAGUAUAUAAAGCAAGGAAUAUCAUGUAGUGUAAUAAUUAGGAAUUCUAUUUUUAAUACAAAGAAAAAAUAAAAAGUAGAUGUGCAGAAGUAAAUUAUCUAGUCAUAUAAUUAAGAGUUCUAUUUAAAUAACAAGGAGACAAUGAAAUGGCACUACUAAUAUGUAUAAAAUAAUAAUGUAAAAGAAAGCUUUAUCAGAACAGUUUUAAAGGUAAGCACAUGAGUUCAAUAGGAAGUGAUUAAUUAAACUCUUAAGGGAUGGUUCAUUCUUAGAUGAUUCAAAGGAUUGUUAUUUCAGCAUCUGUUUUAAUAUUUUUGAUAGGUUCAGACAUAGGAAUUAUUAAUGGCCUUUAUUUUUUUAAUCUUUUUUUGAAAACUGAAUUAGAUUCGGCUGGCAAUAAAUUUUUAAGUCUUGAAGUUAUCAAUUCAGGAUCCUUGGAUAAUGGAAUUUAAUAAUUUAUAGAUUUUUAUUAUGAAUAAAUAGCUAAAAUUUUAACUGAUUUUGAAAAUUUUUAAACUUCCCAUUAAUAUGAAACUAGUUUUAUAUUGAAAAAUACACUUUGA